AUGCAACUCACAACACUCAUUUCGGCCACGCUCGUCGCCUGCUCCGGCUUCGCUGCUGCGGCCCCCAACGCAAUUCCCAAGACCGAUCUCACGCUUCCCACGGCAAUUCCGGCGCUCGAAAUCUCAACCGAGGCCGUGCAGGACGAUGGCGACGUCGUCGACUUGGACGAUGAGUCGUCCAUCGAAAAGCGCGGCGACUGGGUGCGCACCGUCAGGUUCUGCGAGCACGCAAACGGCGGGGGUGCCUGCGACACCAAGGACUUCAGGCCCUCGACCGGCUGCUACAACGUCUAUGGCUUCCUCAACAACAGGGUCAGCUCCAUCUACUUGGCGCCUGGCACCGGGUGCACCGUCUACGCGGAUGGCAACUGCGCCGGCAACUGGCUCAAGGUGUUCGACCCUGGUUACAAGAACCUCAAGGGCCAGAGCUCAAUGAAUGACAGGAUAAGCUCCAUGAGGUGCUCGGCCAGGUAG